UCAAAGCCAUUCGCUAUGUUUAAUUUCUAGAUACAGAUAGCGCUUCUUUUUCACAUCUACAAGCCUCCGGCCAGCCUGACUCUUUUUCCCAGUCCAUCACAGCAAGAGCAGUUGCGUCGCGGGAUUGCCAUGGGUACGAGUAACACUGAAGCGGACGGAUACAGUCCAAUCUCCUUUGGAAGGAAAAAAUGCAUAGGGACAAUGAGCCCCCAUUUUCAUUAUGUUUUUAAUUUGUCAAAAGGGCUUCCUUCUGCCGUUUUUGAUCACUAAAGCGCUAGUCGGAGCCUUCAGACAAGAAAGCUGGAAGGAACUAUUUUUUUUUCCUGGCGGAGGGAACUGAUCGCGGGUUUGGCGUACCACUGCCAGUGAAUUUGGUGGGCCGUGGCCGGGCAACGAAGCACACUCUGCCCCCGGGACGGGGAUGGGUAGGAGGUAUGGAGGUGGCGGGGAACGGCGUGGGUCCUUUCCAUCUGGGACCGUUGACAUCUACGCCUAUAGAGUCCUCUACCUCGAGCGUCCCCACACGGGCUGAUUCCUUGUCAUCUGAAAAUAGUGAUAGUUCAGGAGAAGACUGGCUCAUAAAAGUUCGUUGUCCAGGAGCAAGGCAUCGAUACAGCAAACGAGCUCAUGCAAAAAAGAGCAUAUCAUCUCGGUCUACAAAAACUGAAACUUCAAGCAUUCUAGAUAAAAAAGAUGACUUCACAGAGAAAACAGAAUUGACGCCUACUACAUCUUACCAGGACUAUACAAGAGUGCCAAGGCAGGAGAGUGCAGAUUUGGAGUGGCUGAUAAGACUUCGUUGUCCAAGAGCUCAAAUGGAACAAUUGAUGCCGGAUCUGAAGCAAUCUUUUCCAGGAAUUACUAGUUUCCUGAGUAAAUCACAGAGCAAGGUUUAUGGAAGAAGUCAACCUGAAAAGACAAAAUCUUCAGAGAGUUGGCUAACACAGAAGCACUUGUCUAUUGCACAGGCUUUAGUUAAUGAAAGCCAGGAUGUUAUUGGUCCCAUUCAGUUGCUGCUGGAAAGAGAAAGCUGCUUUAUAAGGGAAGUAGACAGGUAUUUGAAGCACAAUGAUUUCUUAGCUCUAAGGAGAAGGGAAAUGCUGUACAAGAAAUGGUUUGAAAGUGUUUCAAGACCUCUGCUUCAGAAAAUUCAGGACAAAGUUGACAACCAGUCAAGCAAAGAAAUAGAAGAGAGGAAGCGAAAACAGCUCUCCCUUUAUCUAAACUAUUGUAAUGAGAAGGGAGGUGCAUUUUUAGAAAGUUAUAGUCCGUCAUCUUAUGAUCCUUUCUUCCUGAAGACUACUCCAGACUUGUGGAAGGCAUCAGUUCCUCCUUUACAUGACCCCUUGUUAAAGGAAAUAGAAGGAAGAUACAUUGAAGCCAGCAUUAUGCAGCAGUGUGAAACAGGAAAAUUAUAUUCCUCUAAAGAUAUUCAUGAACUACAUAAGACUGAGUUACCACCACUUCCUUUAAGUCGGCAGCUUAUGAACCCCGCAGAGUGGCUGAAAAUCCCAUUCCAGUAUAUGGAAAGUGAUGUCCGUAAAAAAAGCCGGAAGACACAUAUGAGAGCUAGGAAAGGUAAAGAGCAAGAGAAAGCAAGAAAGAAGGAAAUAAACUUUCUCCCUAGGGGCUCAACAACCAGGAAAGCCAGGAACCUGCUCUCCGGUUGAAAACAGGAAAUGAUCUGGGUCUAGCCCCAGGCCUUCUGCCAACAUUAUAACAGUCUGCCUGUUAAAGCCAAGGGGAGGAGACUUCCCACUGAAGAUGACUUGUCCUGUCCCUCACAGAACGUAAUUCCAUGUUGCUUGUUCACUAUGCAUUUUAUAUUGUCCACAGCUCCACCAUCAUCAACAGUAACAAGUUUUGGUUUAUGUAUCACUGGAAUCAAAAGGUAAUGUUUGAAAAUUGGCCACCUUUUUGAGUGUCAAGCAGCAUCAGUGUAGCACAGCAUACAAUUGGUUCAACAGAGGUAAACACUGGUGCUUAGAAUAACAGGCAGCAUUAACCAUCCUAAUUUCAUUCUGU